UUGAAAUAGACUACCGGUACUUACAGCAUUGUAUAGCAAUCCUGCUUUGUACAUACAGCUGCUUUACUCUGCAUUGAAUGCACUGUAGUGAGGCUGCUCUGUCAUUAAACAUAAACUGAUCCUCAUCUUUAAGUACACUGGAAGCUGCAAAUUAUCUCAAGAUCACUUCAAAGGUCUCAUCAAGCAGAAGGUGACGUUAGGAGAUGAUUUAAAGGUGAAAAUGACAAGGUUUCCACCCCUCAAACCUUAGCCACUUUUCUGACAACACAGUCUGAGAGCUCAGAUGUCUCCUUUACUCUGGGAAUAGGAUUGGUAACGAAAAAGAGAAUUUUUUUUUUUAAUCCUGAUAAAGAAGAUUAUUGGGAAGCUAUUUAAAAUUCCUUAUUGUGGUACAGAUGGAUUUUAAAAAGUGUUAGAUCUUUCCAAUGAACACUAAUAGAGUACUCUGCUCUUGGCUGGAUUACUCAGAGAAUGGCAAUGGUCUCUACAAUGUCUUGGGCCCUGUAUUUGUGGAUAAGUGCAUGUGCAAUGCUGCUCUGUCAGGGGUCUCUUCAUCACACUUUCCAGCAGCAUCACCUGCACAGACCAGAAGGAGGAACGUGUGAAGUUAUAGCAGCACACAGAUGCUGUAAUAAGAAUCGAAUUGAGGAAAGAUCACAAACAGUAAAAUGCUCCUGCCUCCCUGGGAAAGUGGCCGGGACAACACGAAACAGACCUUCCUGUGUCGACGCUUCUAUAGUGAUUGGGAAAUGGUGGUGUGAAAUGGAGCCCUGCCUAGAGGGAGAAGAAUGCAAGACAUUACCUGAUAAUUCUGGAUGGAUGUGUGCAACUGGCAAUAAAAUCAAGACCACCAGAAUUCACCCAAGAACCUAAUAGCGUCUCCUGGAUGAGAGAACCACUGAUUUACAGAGGACAACAUAUUCAAAAUGUAAACCAUCUCAAGCAUUUACAAGCCAAAUGGAUUUCUUAUUUGCACUUUGACUGUUGACCAGAUAAUAACAGUGGCUUUACUGUGUGAAAUAAAAUAUUCUAUGGAAAUAAUGCCCCAGAUUUUUGACAACAGAAAAGAAAAAUGAAGAAAAAUGGUUCUUUGGUAAAGUUUUCGUGAUGAUGAAGUAUGAACAAUAGUCUUAUACGUUUGGAUCUACAAUUUACUUUAUACCAUUUAAAAGUAUAGAUAUAAAUAUAUAUGAUAUUUUGAAAUAAAGCCUCGCUCUUCAAGAAAUUAAAUAGUACCACACUUUGCUGGAGCUGCUGUAAUACCGGUUUUUAAUGAUCUGGAAUACACCUACCAGUUUCAGAGCAGUCAAAAGGGAGAGCAAACCCGCUGCAGCACCAGGACACCUGGAGCUAUCAGAAUCAUGAAGAUGUUGUGUCAAGAGCUUCCUUUUUCUUUCAACAGAGUAUUGGAGAGAAUUACGUUAUUUCCAUUUUCUUGUGUUCUGGAGGCUUUUCCCCCCUUGUGCAAUACUCGCAUGCUGGCUUUACUUACAUAACUAUACUUUAUACUUAACAAUGAUGAGUCUAUCCUCUUCCAGGAAAAUAUUUUUAGAGCUAUUAGAUAUUCCAUGAAGAAGAGAAGGACAACUCUUGAAUAAAAUACAGUAUGUAUUAAGAGUUUAUUUGGCAGAGUUUGGUAGACUGCGGGCUGCCUUCUUAUUAAAGGUGUACUACAAACAACGUCUUCAGACUUUGUAGAGGUGGCAUAGACUCCAGUGAAAAUGUGAUUGCUAACUCCAAAGUUUUGCAUUGUUUACUUGAGAAUACAAAAACUGAUUUUGUUUCUUAAUGUUUGAUUAAGAUGAGUUGGGAUUUGCACAAGGUUUGAUUCUUGCUAGCACGUCUGGGUUGCUGCUGUCUUAGUCCUUCCUAUAGACAAACUUGCACUGUUUAAUUAAACUGGUUUACUUAAACCGAUGAAACCCCCCGUCUGGACCCUCUUAUUUCAGUUUGAGUGGCUUAUUUUGGUUUAGCUUAAACCUAAUUCACUGAAGCUCAACUGAAAAAAGCAAAAAGAAAAGGCGUACUUGUGGCACCUUAGAGACUAACAAAUUUAUUUGAGCAUAAGCUUUCGUGAGCUACAGCUCACUUCAUCGGAUGCAUUCAGUCUACUCUGUCAACUGAUAUAGGACACUCUUAAAACAAAAUAAGAGUUACCAUGCAGGGGUUUGUGCCAGUUUAACAAAAUCAGUUUAAAUUAACACCUUUGAUUAAAGCAAUGCAGCUCUCUGUGUAGGAAAGCUCUUAGAAUGAUUAGGACAGAGGUAGAACCUCAGGGCCGGAAUUUAUGUAUGUGAAUAUUUACUCACAUGAGUAGUCCCUUUAGUGGGAGUACUCAUGUGAAAAAGUGCUUGCCAACGUGCAUGAAGGCUACACAGUCUAGCCUUGGGUAUUUGUAAAUUGAAGAGGUGUAUGGAAGUGAAGAAGGCAUUUUAUCCAGUCCCACUUUCUCUUCUUUAAUAUUUUCAAUUUCCUUUCACCCUAGUUACCUGUGUCUCACAAGACCGCCUUCACCCAGACUAAUCAGUUUUAAUCCAGUGUAGAGUAACAGCUGAGCUCGCUGACCCAAAGUCAGUCAAAAUUAUCCCACCAGCUUUCUUCCUCCUCUAGGGUAACCACUUCAGCACCUGAUAUUUCAGGAGGUGGAAAUUUGUCACUGUAAUUACAGGGUGUGUUAAAGCAGCAGUGCCAAGCGUCACACCAGAUUCCACAUGGACUUUAUAUGCUGGUAACUGGAGUGUUGAGCCUCAAAAUAAAAAUGGAUGUAUUGCUUUGUAAGCAGUAAUUUACCACUCUCCCCUUUUGAAUAGAUAUUUGGUCAGUUUCUGUAAGAUGAAAACAUGCCUGAACACCUUUUUUCUCGGGUGUAUUUUGAGAUCAGAAUCAGGCCAUAAAAGUUAAUGCUGGUUUUUUUCAACAGUCUUCCUCCCCUUCCCCACGUGCCCAUUUUACUUUUAGUCCAACAAAUACCUUUCCCCGUCACUCUUGUCAAUAGCUCUUAGGGCUGAGUCCCGAGAUCCUUGCUCAAUCAAUCUCCUAUUGAAAUCAAAGAGAAUUUGUCGUCAUAAGGCCUGAGGUCUUGCCUACGUGGAGGGGACAAAUUAACUAACAGUGUGAAUUAAAAGUGGAUUGGUUAAACUGAAUUAAACCCAUGUGGAUACUCUCAUUCAGAAUUAAAGUGGCCUUAGUCUGAUCUAAUUUAAUUCACUUUGAAACUGAAUUAAAGUAAACUGUAUUAGGCCACUUUCAUUCUGAAUGAGAGUAUCCAUACAGGGGGGUAAUGCAGUUUAAUUAAUCCACUUUUAAUUCACACAUUCUGUUAAUUGAGGCUAAGUUUCCUGAGUGUCCCCAUGUAGACAAGCCCACGGGUAAACACCAAGCAAAGACAUCUGGAUUUGGCCCUUAGGAGGACAUCCACUCUCCACUUCCAUGUCCCUGGAGAUUCCCCUGGGUAAUAGAACAGAGGUGGCUCAGCUAUGCGUGGGAGAGUCUAGAUAGCGGCAUGAGUGUCUUGCAUCAGAUGUGCUCCCAAUACACAGCACAUAGACCAUCGGGGCUGGGAGUUCUUGUGUGGCAGGAAACCUGGGCAGGUCCAGUAAUCUUCUGGUCCUCUGCCUGUCUGGGCUGCAGAGAUCUAGAUCAGCCAAUAAAAUGAAGUAGCCUAGUGGAGUGGCUCUGUGGGUGCUCCAAGCCAUGGUUAGGAAUUUCUUCCCCCCUCCUCCCAUUCUCUUUGCAGAGAGACCCACCUCACAGUCACACCUUCAGGCUGGGUAGUGGGUCCCUGGGUUUAGCCCUCAGAAAAUCAACUGGUAAGAGUGCUGCCAUGAGCUGAAUGAGUGGGCCUGAUUCUGGUCUCAGUUACAAUAGUGUAAGUGACGAGCAACACCACUGAAGUAAAGCAUCAUCACUAUUUAUUUGUACUAUGGUAGCACCUUAAAACCCCCCAUCUGAGAUCUUUCUGCUAGGCACUAUACACCCACAUGAUACGAUUCAGUCCCUGCUCCCAGAGAACUUCCGAUCCAAGUGGAAGAGGCAGACAAAAUGUGGGAGAGCCCUAUUUUGCACAUGACAAACGGAGGCCCAGAGCGAUUAAGUCUGUCCAAGUUCGCACAUCAGUUGAAGAGACAGGACUCCGAACUCCUUAGUCUUAGAGCAGUGCCUUAACAACAAGACAUCUUUUUCGCAGCUGUAACUCAGAUUAGAAUCUGACCCCUUUAGCUUGUCUCCCGAACCCAAGGUCCAAGAGUGAGAUACUUGCCAUCUUUUGUCUCCCGUGACCUGAACUCUGAUUUAGCAUGUAAAGGUAACUAUAAUGCUUGGGUCGGAGGUGGAUUACCAUUUUGUGGGGCCCUGGGCCAGAGCAAGUGCGAGCCCCUCCCAGCCUCUUCCGCCUCCAGUUGCUCCCUCCCCCCACUCCUCCGCCAGCACUCCUGCCGGGGAGCAGGGUUGGAGCACGGGGGUGGAGUGGACUCAGCCCCCUCACCCAGAUCCUGCUCCUCAGCAGGAGUGGGUCGGGGCAUCGGGGCACCCAUUUUUCCAGGGCCCCCCAGUUGGCCGGGAGCCCUGGGCACAGGCUCAUUUGGCCUAGUGGCUAAUCUGCCACUGGCUUGGGUCAGCAAAAUUUUGCUUACUGAAGGACGAAAAUACUAAGUCUGCUAAAAUUAUAGAGAAGGAAAUAUUGUUUAUAAGAAGCAAAGUUUCUUGGGCAUGCUCAUGAUUUUGUCUUUGCCGGUUGGCAGCAUCAAAUAUCACCCCACCAAAUUCAUUAAACAUCUGCAAUUCUUUGAAGUUACUGCAAACUCUGCAUAUCACAUGCAGUAUUAAGAAAUUUCUGUUUCAGUUAAAACGAUUAGGAAAAAAAUGAGACCAUGACCAUAAGAUCAUAACAGCCAUAAUGGGUCAGACCAAAGGUCCAAAAUAAUGACUAACAAAAUGCAAAGUCAAAUUAGGAUGCAGGCAACCUUCAUUUUUUCAAUGUACCCUCCUGAACAAAAAAUUCCUACCAGCCUAGUGGCAUAAUGAUUGCAUAUUUCAGUGAUAUACAGGACAAAGCCUUGUGUAUUGGAAAAGUCUUGGAGUUCCUUUCUUCCUUGGCUGAUGGAAUAAUGGUUUUUUGAGGGCAUGGUUCUCUGGAUCCUCAUGAGAGUACAUGAGUCAUGCCAUUCUUUGCACAUCCUUAAAGGAGUAUUGACAACAUCCUAAGAGGAAGCUAAAGUUCCUGCUUUCUGGCAUAGGUACAAACACAGUGAUGCCAGUGGGAGGGAAAUUAAAUAUUUGUAAAUGUACUGGAGAUAAAUUUUGACUUGUGUCAGCGUUUCUUCUUCAGAUAUGUGAAACAUGAAGCUGUUGUUUAAAUAGAAUGUGUACAAGUUGGAGAAACGUUUAAAAUAUGGUUACUACCAUCUGCCUAUUGAUUCAGAUAAUUUAAAUGAUGUACUUUUUAUCCAAAAUCUCUGGUAAUAAAGAGCUCAGUGUGGUAUGAUUU